AUGUCGCAGACACUCGGUCUGACCAAGUUGGCCUACUCCCGGACAUGGCACCACAUCUCGGCCUCGGCACCACACCCUACGCUCUCGACACAACCUAAUGUGACGCCGCCGUCACUAGGCCGGCUCGCCUCGCGCAUCGCGACGAUUCUGUGCGGCAAGCACAAGCCGAUCUGGGACCCCUCGACCGACUGCGGCGACUACGUCGUCGUGACGAAUUGCGCGGCGCUGCACACAACGGGCAACAAGAAAUGGCAGAAGACGUACUACCGGCACAACACGCGGCCGGGCUCGCUGAAGCACGUCACCAUGGACGUCCUCAUGGCCAAGCACGGCGGCGCCGAGAUCCUGAGGAAGGCUGUCAGCGGCAUGCUGCCCAAGAACCGCCUGCGUGACAAGCGGCUGGCGCGGCUUAAGGCGUUCGAGGCCGACGCGCAUCCGUACAAGCAGAAUAUUGUCCGGUUCGGCGGCGUGCAGGUCGGCAAGGAGGGCUGGGAGGAUGCUGCGAGGGCGAUCAGAGAGGCUGGGUCGGAAAGGUUAUAG